AUGGGGGCGCGACAGCGCGCUCAAGCGCGGCCAAAGAAAGGGAACUCGGCUAAGAAUCCUAAGUGGUCUCAGAAACAGCCAACUUCUUCUGUCAAAUUUACAGAACUAAACCCUCGUAAUCGACAGCAGGCUUUGCUAUCAGACUGGCAAGACUUCUCCGACUCUGCGUCACCUCAUGCAAGAACCGGUCAUUUUACUAUGAGCGAGGAAGCUCGUAAUACAGAGAGACAUACGGCGGCAUGGGGUCCUUCGAGGCUGCGAGAUCGCGCUGUUGUGUUCGUAAGCGCAGGCACUCUGGUUCGCGAGGAGCCCGUCAUGGAAUCAAAAGAGAGCACUCAAGGAACAGAUCAGUCUGCAGGGGACGGUGACAGCGUGCAAUUGGACGCAAGACACGACUCUGUCGAACAGGACCAAGUCACAGUUGCCGCUGUUCACCAGCCAGUGGAGGAAGUGGCACCGACAACUACCACAGAGUCUUCUGUCACAAACACCCCUGCACCCAGGAGAUACUCCGCUUCGUCAGUAUCUUCUGAUGAGAUUCUCUUUACUGGUCGUCAGAACCGCGCUGAACCACGUCCUCGGAAAGUCGACAUAUCCCCCAAUCCUCCCUCGUCUCUGCCUACCUCAACGAAACAUGAUUCUGACCUUCAAGCUGGCGAGACCAGCACCGGUAGUCCACCGCAAAAAGACUUCACGCCUCUUUCACAUCACAUUGGGCCUAUACCGUUGCGGAAGAAGAAUGUUGAUCGUCGAGGAAGACCGCUGAUCUUUUCGAGCAGGAGAGAGGAAGAGGAAGCCAUCAUGAAUGACUAUAUUGCCAAUCUAGUGUUUGAUGAUGACAGUGAUGAAGAAGAAGAAGAAGAUUCGGCGCCAACUACUGCAAAGCCGUCCAGACGAGACGAGCACUUCAAGCUGCACGGUAAUGCUACCGAGGCACCCUUCAAGGUCCAGACAAAACCUCCAACUAGAUAUGAACAGUCUAAAACUGCCCCUUCUCAGGCCAUUGACUGGGAUUCUGCUGACUUGGAAGACUUCGACGAUCUAAGCACGACCGACGAGGAAGUUGUUGAAGUAAGCCAAGUUCUUCGACAUCGAGAACGUCCCAGUGGUCCACAGUAUCUUGUGACUUUGCCCGGCCAAGAUGCAAGUGAGGCUCGUUGGGUCUUGCAUACUAAAUUGACUUCCGUGUCUGCACGCGACGAAGUUAGCAUUUUCCACGACAUCCAGGCCAUCCAAUUCGAGAACACUAGUGAUGAUCUGGAAGCUGAUGACACCGGGAGUGAUGAUGAUGACGAAUUCCGCGAUGAUGCGGAUGAUGACCGCGAAUCUGAAAUGGAGGAAAAUGACCGCAUCAUUGAUCGAGUGACACGAAUGAGCGAUGAACAAAUUGCCCGUGCUUUCGCGAAGCAAGCUGAGAUGGGAAUUGGCGGCGACGAACUGUUGUUGUUCGAUGGGCAGGUUGACGAUGAGGAUGAUGACCAGGACAUGGAUGAGUUCAUUGCAAACGACGACUUCAUUAAGUUCUCUAGCAAGAAGCACAUCUCGAGCCGUGGCAAAUCGAAGAGAAAUCGAAGACAACGCGAUACGUUUCCACCAGCAGAGGCAUUCGCUGAUGCUCUAGACCAAGACCCAUAUGGUGCAUUCGACAUAAUGGAUUUUGAUCGACCCAGUCUACGACCUAAGAAUAAGGGACGGAAGUCAGACCCAUUUGAAUGGGCUUUGGAAGAUGAGGAACUUGCCCAGCACCUUAGCAGCACAUGGAGCAAAGACCGGGAGAAGAAAGCUGCUAGGAAACGCGAACGACAGGAGGCUAGGGAAGACGCACUUCUUGAGGCUGCUGAGCGAAACAGUCCUGCUGUGAUCAAAGCAGAGAUCAGACGCUUCUUGGUCCAGGAGAUAGACGUGCUCGAGUUGGCUCCAAUGGAACCGACUGCACGGGCUGGCAUUCACCGUCUCGCAAAGGCAUUGAAGUUGAAGUCACACUCAGAGGGCAAGGAAGGUCGUGGUCGUGGACGAUACCCAGUCCUAACCAAGGGGCCUCAGACUCCACACUACACCAUUGACACUGUUUGGCAAAUCGACAACCUGAUAGAGCAGAGGAGAUUUUUCCCAAGACAGAAGGGUGGUUUCAAUGGAGCAAGCAAUCCUCGUGCUCGCGUGACUGGAGGCCGUAGGGGGGGUGGCGGCGCGAUGUCUGGUGCUACUUACAUGAAUGGUGACGUCGUUGGCGCAUCUGCUCCUGAACUUGGUGCAGACAACAAGGGUCGUGCUAUUCUGGAGAAGAUGGGCUGGACCAGUGGUAUGGGCAUAGGCGCAGUGGGCAACAAGGGUGGCCUCGAAGCCAUCAAACAUGUUGUGAAGACGAACAAGGCUGGCUUGGGUUGA